AUAACCACACCAUAGGAGCAGAAGACCCGCCUGACCUGCAGUCAACAAUGGAAAUUCUUCAGCAACAGCUGGAAUCAUUUCAGACAUUUCGGCAACAGACUCUGGAGAAUAUUAACACGGUACAGUCUAAAAUCCGUGAGAUACUAAAUAAAAAUAUAUUUGAAAUAAAAACUCCACUAUGUAGUUCAGACAAGAUUCUGAUGACUUGCACAUCAAGUGAUGCAUCUCUGCUUAUGGAAAAUUCUGAAUCGCUGCCUUCUAAGAGUGAAGUUCAUCAUGAUCAACAACCCUGUUCAGAUGAGCAUGUGGAAGCAAAUUCCAAUACUGGAAAUGUCGUCAGUGAUAUAAACAUUCCACACAGUAUUUCACUGAAAAUUAUAGCAACUGAAAAAGUUGAAAAUUCAGAAGAUCUGUUUGGAAACAACAGGAUACUUGCAAUGAAAAAUGAACAUAAAUGUGGACAUCUGCUAUCUGGCACUCUUUUGGAGACAGAAAGGUUGAAUGCUGCCCAUAAGAAGAUCAUUUUGAGUCCCAAAUUUGGGAAAGAAUUUCAUAAAACAGACAAUACUAACUAUACUACCAAGUUGCUGGAACAAGAAUUUCAGAAGUCAGACUGUAAUGAUUUGGAUUUGUUAGCAGAUAAUACAGAAAAAUCCGUCUUUUUAUCCAGAGAAAAAUUAAAUAACUUAAAAGAAAGUUUAGUUCCAGGUAAAGAAAAUGGCCUACAUUUUGAACAAGAAUUUUGUAAAGACUCCAACUGUGCCAGUGUAGGGGGUGGUUCUCCUACAACAGUAUACAGUGAAAAAGCGGAAUCUCAAAGCAAAAAUGUACAUAAAGAAUUUAGAAUCAAUUACAGCGAUGGUGACACAUUCCAGGUUAGUUCUUUUUCUGAGGUGGUGAAAGAUAAGCUACUAAUGCUUGAUAACAAAGAGCAACUAAAAAAAGAAAAACAACAAACUACUUUCAAUCAAACGUUACUGAGGCCAGGAAAUCAGAAGUUCAGCAAAAUCAAAGUAGCCUCUGAAUAUGAUGGCAAAACAGAAGUAUUGCAAAAGUCCCUGGAAAAUUCUGAUCAUUUGCAAGAAACAGUGCAUGAUCUUCCACAUGAAAAUUUAGCUCUCAAGAACAAAGUGCUUACUGUUACCAUACGCUCUUUGAAAGAAAAAGUAUCAAAAUGUCAUAUGCAAACUAAGGAUUUAGCUGAAGAAAAGAAAAGUGUGCAAAUCCAGUUGGUUAAAUCACAAGAAGAUAACAAGGAAUGUAUUAAGGAAGCAAAGAAAUUCCUAAGAAAAUGUAAGGAACUCCAAAACCAGGAAAACAUCAUGGAGGAAGAGAAGAAUCAACUCCAUAAUGGAAACCAACAUUCAGUACAGACACAGCAUGAUUUUCAAAUUAGGAAGCAGAAAGUAGAAGAAAAGAUGACUGCUGUUACCUGUGAAAGAGAGAGUGCAAUCAGUGUAAUCCUGAAGUUCUUGCAAAACGAAUGCUUUGAGUUACAAGAAACAAAUAAAAAACUUAAGAUAGAACUAGCCCAGCUUACAAAAGAAAACAGUUCCCUAGACCAAGAGUUUGAAAUAAAUCAAGUGAAAUGCAACAAACAAAAGAAAAUGACAGUGAAAUCUGAACUGGAAACUCAUCUUCAGUUAAUGCAAACACUGUAAGUCAAAAAACUUAACCUUGAAAUGAGCCUGCAGGAGUGUUCCGAUACUAAAUAGAUGCUGCAGAAGGACUUUGAAAAAAUCCAACUAGAUAAAGCUUGUACAGAAAACAAACUCAUGACUGAACACAGAAAUGUGAAAGCAGAUAUUGAUCUUUUAAAGUCUAACUUGACCAGUGCAAAUGAAGAAUGCAAGAGGUUAUCAACAGCAGUAACAAACGUCACAGAGGAAAAUCAGUUACUGAAGAAAGAACUGCAGGAGUAUAGACAAGACUUUUCCAAAUAUGAAAGUGACAUUAGAAUAUUGACCAAAGAAUGUUUACUAUUAGAAAAUCUCCUGUGAGCUACUGAAAAUGAGAGAUUUGUUACAGGUUGA